AAACCGACAAUCGUUGGACAACGUACAGUUAUUGGACAUUUACAUUUUACACAUUAAUAUUAAGAUUAUGUUUGAUUAAACACGCCAUCUGUCAAUUGCAUUAUGGACUCAUGACCUUUGUUAUUGUGAUAGUUCUUAGCGACUAUCACAGAUGGCAGCAGUAAAAAGACAAAAAAAUCAUUUCCGGUCGGACAUCGUGGCAGGUGGUAAUUGUGCGUAAAAAUUAAGAAAAAUAUAAGGUUUAAAGUUUGUUUUGAUAGAUAUAUUACCGUGCCCGAAGAAUUCCUGUUUCUAGCUAUUUGUAAAGCGAUAAAUCUUGAAAACUAAGAUGCCUAAAGGUAAAAAGAAAAACUACGAUACAAAUAAUUUGAAUUUAGCACUCCAGGAGUUAGAAGAAUCUAAUAAACCAAAGAUACGUGAAAUAGCCAGAAAAUACGGUGUGCCAAAGUCUACUCUUCACUAUAAAUUAAAAAAUCCGGAUCACAAAACAUCUUUUGGCCCACGACCUGUUUUAACGGAAAACGAGGAGUCUAUUUUAGAAUUGUGGAUUAAACGGUUGAUGCGGAAAGGGUUUCCAUUGAAAAUAGAAGACCUUCAACGAAGCGUACACAAAUUCCUUAUAGAAAACCCCCGACCAAAUCCAUUUAAGGACAACUAUCCAGGGGAUGGAUGGGUAAAAGCAUUUUUAAAAAGACACCCUGAUAUUGUUCCCCGCACCAGUGAAGGUGUCACUCAGUCAAGUGCCUGUGUUUCUGAGAAAGACAUCCGAAAGUGGUUUGAAGAAAUACGCCAAUAUUUAACAGAAGUAGGCCUUUUUGACAUUCUAAAUGAAGCUUCUCGGAUUUUCAAUGGUGACGAAAGCGGUUUUCAGCUUUGUCCAAAAACUGGUAAAGUCUUGGCUAUUAAAGGGACGAAAAAUGUUUACAACAUUGACUCGAAUAAUUCUAAGGAAUGUAUAACAGUCAUGUUUACGUUCUCAGCCUCCGGGGAAACUUGCCCACCUAUGGUAGUAUAUAAAUACCAAAGAAUUCCCCAAAAAGUAGCAGAAGGGAUACCUACUGGUUGGGGCGUUGGACGAAGCGAUAAUGGAUGGAUGACGUCGGAAUUGUUUUUUGAAUAUAUUGCCAAUGUUUUUUAUCCAUAUUUACAAAGACGAGGCAUAAAACUACCUGUUAUUUAUUUUCUAGAUGGACAUAAAACCCAUCUCACAUAUGAAGUUAGUAAAUUGUGUAAGGAGCUGGGAAUUAAGUUAAUAGCUUUAUAUCCUAACGCCACACGAAUAUUACAACCCGCAGAUGUUUCUGUGUUUAGACCCGUCAAGGCUGCAUGGAAAGACGCGGCAAGAACAUGGUUAAUAAAUAAUCCGGGAGAGACAAUAACAAAGAUAAAUUUUGCUGGUAUUCUUGAAGAUGCUUUGAACAAAUCGAUAAAAGCUGAAACGUUAAUAAACGGAUUUAGAGCUUGUGGUUUGAUGCCAUUUAAUCCCGAUGCAAUCGAUUAUACUAAGUGUUUAGGAAGUGAUAAAAACAAACAGGUUGAAAUCAAUAAUUGUGAAAUCCAGCAAAAUAAUCUUACUUUUUUACAAUUUAGUCAGAUAGUAGGACCGACAAAACUGGCAGAAUUGGCUAAUUCAACUUUUAAUUGUGACAUUACCGGUGAAAAUUUUCAGUUACUAUGUCGUAUUUAUGAAGCAUUUAUAAAUCCACAAUGCAAUGUUGAAAAUAACCCGAAUGUCCUAAGCACGUCGUCUUAUAUUGAACCAAAUACCGGCGCAAUCCGAUCGACUGAAAACGGAUCAAUAGUGAGCAAUGACAAUUCCCACGAAGAAUCACAAUCCAAAGUUCCAAUUAUCCCUCAAGUGGAAUCCUAUUCUAUAGAUUUUUCUCACACUUAUAGUGAAAAUAUCUUACCACCACAAAUAGAGACAGGCUUCGAUAGUAAGUCUAUUGAAACAAAUACACCCUGCAACAAUACCUCAAAUAUAGGUACUUUGGAUAGUUAUCCAGUAGUUUUUGAUAAUAACGAUACAGAGGGAGCUACAGAAACAGUAAUAGAAGACCAUUCAAAGAUGCCUGUAUAUGUGACACCAUCAAAACACAGUUCUAUAACCCUCCCUCUUUCAGAAGCCAUAAUAGUUAGAAAUGCAUCAUGCCCAAAAGAUAAAAGCCCAGCAUUUAAAAUAAUUUCAAAUAGCAAUUUUGCACCGUUUUUGACUAUGCCUAAGACCCCAGAAAGAAAAGGUAAAAGAAAUACUGUUCGAUUCCCAUUCGCUAUUACAUCAGAAAAAUAUAGAGCCAUGUUUAAAGAACAAAAAGAAAAAAAAGAGUCACUUUUGAAGAUAAAAGACCAAAGAAAAUGUGAAAGACAGGAGAAAAAACAAAAAAAAGAGAUGAAGAAAAAGGAAAACUUAAACAACCAGGUAAAACCCAAAACUUCAAAUACAAAUGCGUGUAAAAUAUGUUUAAAAGUGACUAAAAUCACUAACCGCUUAAGCUGUGUUAACAUGUGUUCCUGUAUUUUUCAUGUGAAGUGUAUUCCUGAUAAGCAUAAGCAGCAUGUACCGGAAGACAUUCUGAUUGACCUUUUUAUUUGUCAUAAUUGUUAUAAAGAAGAAGAUGAAGAUGAUGACACUAUUCGCAUAGAAGAGAACGUAGAUUUAGAGGAAAAUAAUAGUUCAUCUGAAGAUGAAGAAGCUUUGUCGAUAUUUAAAAUAUAUCAAGACCAAAAUAAUAAUAAAUUUUAGAAGCAUAUAAUUUGUUAACUUUAGGAUAUUUUAUUAUUUUUCUUUGAUUUGAUAUUAAGUAAGAAAGUACCUUGCAUUAUUUGAAGAUCUCCAAUUAUUGAGACUAAUUAGAAUUAGGUAUAGAUGAUAACUAACAAAGGUAUUAUUUUUGUAACACAUAGUUUAUGUUACUGAAUAAAACAUGU